CCAUCAAACCUUGAGAACUUGGUGAGGAGUAUGGUUAAGUCGCGGCAGUUCCUUUCGUCUAGUUACUGUAUUACUUGGUGAAGAGUGUCCUUAAACUUGCUCCAAUUCCUUUUGUCUAGGCAGUAGGUACUCUACCCGUCAACCCUUCCUGUCGUGUUGUCCAUUUAUUCGGCUACUCUAAAUGUUUCAUUUAGCAUCUGUUUUUCCCUUCGGCUAUAGCUUUCAUAUUACAGCAGCAGGAAAACUUCCUCUUCCAUUCUCGCCGUGUAUGCCAUUUUAUCCCCAGAAUUGCUAGUCUUAUGUAGACUGCAGUGCAACGUGCAGGCAUAGUGGCCUGUGGGAUAUGGGGGAAACGUGUAAAUGAUGUACACCCACGUGCCUAAUGCGAGGGCUAUGAGACGGCAAGCAAUACUGGUCCCAUGAGUAUUUGUCAAACAGUUGCCAACCGUUCAAUUCCCAGUCUUCAGCAGGCGUGUUAUGACCAACAACAACAACAAGGCAAUAACAAAAUAAUAAUAGCAUAACUCCAUUGCACUUUCUCUUCUUGGAAAUUUUGCGCUCUUUCUUCUUCUGCUUCUUCUUCUUUUCUCUAAUUAGUAACUCCACACGCCAUCUAGCUCUAUUUAACCAGGAAAAGAUCUUCCACCACAAUUUUACCUACAAAAAAAAGAUCAAUCAAAAGCAGAAUAUCCAAACAAGAAGGUGUACAUGGCCGUCUCAGCGAUAAAUUGCAGCUUCAAUGUUUCCUCUUCUCCUCCGUCCCAAUCCUCAUCUAAAACCACCACCACCACCAAUCUUGUUCCAUGGCAAAGGAAGGAAACAGGUUCAUGGAGCCGUCAGUGUAUGGUUGGGAUGAUGGCAUGCGCGAUUAUCAAUGGAUCCGACAUUAUGAUGCCUUCUAUUAGUAAUGGUGCAGAUAGUUACACAGGUGGUGCUGGUGAUCACCAUCAGACGGCGAAGUUGUUAGUCCAAUCUGAACAACAGAGGGAAGUUACGGCAACAAAAUGGAGUGAUAAGAUUAGAGCAUGCCCACCAUGGCAUAUCAAUUCCAUCGAAACUAUCGUUCCUGAAAAUCUCCCUAGACCUUCAGCUCAUCGGAAAUCCGAGUCUGUUAGCCGUGGAACUACUACAAGCUUCACUUUUAGAAGAGUUAUCAGAACAGUGAAUGACUGCUUUUCCAUGUGAAUAAUACACACAAGUUGUACAUAAUAGUAGGCAGUACUUAGUUCUUGUAAUUUGUAAAUGUCAAAAAUUUGUGUUGCACAAUAAUAAUAUCAUUUUUAUUAAUCUUCUA